AUGGAGACUUUGUCUCAAAACGAGACCUUUAAACUAAAAUUCAAAAAGAUAAAAGUAACAGAAUACGCAGGGCAUGGUGGGUCCAAAGAACUAAGUAUCGAUAUUGCUUGUGCUGGAGUCCCUUCUGCAGAUCAUGAAACUAGACCAUCUUCAUUCCCUUCCUUAAAAAGGAAGAUAGCGGUUUUCUUUUCUUUGUUUUCUUUCCUUCCCAAGGGCACGUUAGAUGAUGCGGAUGACCCAAGCACAAGUGUGGGAGCCUAUCACUACAUGCUGGAGUCAAACAUGGGGAAGACUAUGCUGGAGUUUCAGGAACUAAUGACCAUUUUCCAACUACUGCACUGGAAUGGAAGCCUGAAAGCCCUCCGUGAAACAAAGUGCUCUCGACAGGAAGUCAUCUCCUACUAUUCCCAAUAUUCUUUAGAUGAAAAGAUGCGUAGCCACAUGGCCCUGGACUGGAUUAUGAAGGAGCGUGAAUCACCAGGAAUUCUCUCUCAAGAGCUGCGUGCAGCCCUAGGGCAGCUGGAGGAAGCCAGGAAGGCUGGACAAGAACUACGAUUUUACAAAGAAAAAAAAGAAAUCCUGAGCUUGGCCCUGACUCAGAUCUAUAGUGACCCUGACCCUUCCUCACCCAGUGAUGACCAGCUAAGCCUCACGGCUCUGUGUGGCUAUCAUUAGCAAGGCCAGGUGGCAGGUUUCCUGAGGACGUUCACAUCAGGAAUCUACCUGACAGAAGUUGUUAGAGAUUUUAGCAUGAUAGUCAGUACCUGAAGGCUGUACUGCUCCUACACAGUCUGUUCACAGAAUGGGAGGCUAGGGUUGACUGAUCCCGAUCCCAACUUCCUACUUCAUGUAUGUUUUCAACCAUUCCCUUAGGGAUUCUACUUCAGAAUAAAAAGAAAGACAACAAAAUUACUUUAGAAAGUAUUCUUCAGGGUUUGAUCUAAUCUAAAAAACCUAGUUGAUAUGUGCCUUGCUAAAUUGUAUGCAUUGCUUCACACAACAGUCCAGUAGAGCAGUCUUGGAGAAAACAGCAGCCAGGACUAGGGAAAGGAUCAUGAUAACUUCUUUUUUUCUUUUUUUUUGGGGGGGCACAGUUUCUCUGUGUAGCCCUGGCUGUCCUGGAACUUGUCUUUAGAUCAGGCUGGCCUUGAACUCAGAGCUCUGCUUCUGAGUACUAGGAUUAACUACAUCUACCACAACCACCUGGCCUAUAACAAUGUUUUAAAUACUUAAGAGUAAAUAAAUAGUACAGAUGAUUUAAAAAAAAUGUACAACACUCAGCAUGUUUUGAACCCUCCUGAAAAUUACUGUAUCCUCAUUAUAUAUUUUGAAAUUAGCUUUAAUAACAAACACUAUCACAUAUACUUCUCAGACAGGAUGAAAUUAAGUACAUAACUGCCCUAUUCCAAUGUCCUAAAAAGGUGAUGGUGUGUAGUGUUAGAUGAUUUCAUUUUAAAAUGAUAUUUUUUUAAAAAUCAUAUCACUUCCCAUAAUGAGGCUAAA